UUGUCAAAUGUCUGGGCUAAGUUAGGAGCUUUUCUUGUUAGUUAUAUCUGGAACUUAUAUCGAAAAGGUUUCAUAAAUGCUUUUUUCAGCUGGAAGUGCAACAUUGCCAAAGACCGACAUGACGCAAUCAAGUACAGAGAGGUAGUCGAGCUAUCGGUUUGGCUAUCUUCAUCGUUGUUUUGUAGUGAACCAAAUGAGAAGAGGAGUGCUCGAUCACGAUCACAAUCCAAAGGCGUUAGCUCGCUUCGUGCAUUUAGCGUAAGGAGUUCCGAAGGCGAUGAGAGAAAUAUCCGGCUUGGACUCGGCGACUUCAUCUUCUAUUCUCUUCUGGUUGCAAAUGCGUCGGUUCUAGCUGAUUGGACAACAACACUCUCGUGCUAUGUUGCUAUCGUCACGGGACUCGGAUUCACCCUUAUACUUCUCGUAAUGUGA